CACAUAUAUAGAUAUAGAGCUAGCUGGCAUGGCUUAUUUAUCCGUUCGUGGAGGUUGGUCAGCUAUGUCGGUGGGGCUAAUUGUCUUCUGCAUCUUUGUUCUCCCCAACAUCGCCGGUUGUGUUUCUGCUUCACCUGCUCGGCGGACCCAUCUCCAGACUAAUCUUCUCGCAAAUGGACUUGCUAAAACUCCUCCCAUGGGAUGGAACAGUUGGAACCACUUUGGCUGUCAGAUUGAGGAGAAAUUAAUUAGGCAAACAGCGGAUGCAAUGGUUUCAACUGGACUCGCCGCAAUAGGAUACGAGUACAUAAAUCUAGAUGAUUGCUGGGCUGAAUCUAAUAGAGACUCUGUGGGAAAUUUGGUGCCUAAAGCUUCAACAUUUCCAUCCGGAAUCAAGGCUUUGGCAGAUUAUGUCCAUAGCAAAGGGUUGAAGCUUGGAAUUUACUCUGAUGCUGGAAACCAAACUUGUGCUAAAGCUAUGCCCGGAUCACUAGGCUAUGAGGAACAAGAUGCAAAAACUUUUGCCACCUGGGGUAUUGACUAUUUGAAGUAUGAUAAUUGUAACACUGAUGGCACAAGUCCAAAGGAAAGGUAUCCAAAAAUGAGCAAAGCUUUAAUGAAUUCCGGAAGAUCCAUCUUCUUUUCCCUUUGUGAAUGGGGACGAGAAGACCCAGCAACUUGGGCUCCAGGUAUCGGAAAUAGCUGGAGAACAACCGGUGAUAUCAGAGAUAACUGGAAUAGCAUGAUAUCUCGUGCGGAUAAAAACGACAAAUGGGCAUCUUAUGCUGCACCUGGUGGAUGGAAUGAUCCAGAUAUGCUUGAAGUUGGAAAUGGUGGAAUGACAACAGAGGAGUAUCGUGCACACUUUAGCAUAUGGGCAUUAGUUAAGGCUCCAUUAUUGAUUGGGUGCGACGUUAGAGCAAUGGAUGAUGUGACAUUCGAGUUGCUAAGCAACGAGGAAGUUAUUGCCGUUAAUCAAGAUAAACUUGGAGCUCAAGGAAAAAAAGUUAAAAAAGAUGGUGAUCUUGAGGUUUGGGCAGGUCCUCUCAGUAAUAAGAAGGUAGCAGUAGUUCUUUGGAACAAAGGCCCAUCAAAAGCUACAGUUACUGCUUAUUGGUCUGAUAUAAGCCUCGAAUCAACAACCGUUGUUAGUGCACGAGAUUUGUGGGCGCAUUCAACGCAAUCAGCUGUGCAGGGACAACUCUCUGUUGUUCUUGAGUCCCAUGCUUGUCAAAUGUAUGUCCUAACUCCCCAGUGAAGGGAAGGCUUCAAAUUCGGUAUAACCAAACAAUAUUUUUAAUUUCUAUUGUUCCAAUUAUCUUUGUUUAAAUAAAAGUAAGUGACUAAAAGUAAGACCCGAACAAGGGUAUUGUUGCUUAUUAAA